GAAGACAUCAUGCGCCAGGGCAGGGAGGUCCUCCGCACCCUGGCAUCUCACCUGCAGCUGGAGCUCGGCGAAGAGAACCUGACAAAGGUCCACGCGAUGCUGCGCGACCUGAAGCGCAGCCACUCUGGCAAUGCGGUCUGCCAGGUCACAAAGCUUUGGCCCGACCACCGAUCCCUGGAGGCUCAGCGGCUGCAGGACCAAGCAGCAUGCACCAGUGAUGAGCUGAACGGCCUCAGAGACUCCGGCUAUGCCCGCGUUCUGAACAGUCGCUUCAAGGAGUACCAGGAGAAGUACGGAUACAUCUGA